UGGUGCCACAGCAAGAUGGCCAGUGUGCUUUUGAGGGGACAUUAUGGAGAGCUGCUUGAAUAUGAGGAGCUGCCCCAUACUGGGAUUGUAGGGCUUUAUGGAGAGCUGCUGGGAACGAGGAGCUGCCCAGAACCACCAGUGAAAGGCAUCUUUGCUUACUUGAACUACCAUGUUCCCCGGACAAGAAGGGAGAUUCUGGAGACCCUUAUCAAAGGUCUCCAGCGGUUGGAGUACCGUGGUUAUGACUCUGCAGGUGUGGGAAUCGAUGGUGGCAACGACAAAGACUGGGAAGCUAAGGCUUGCAAAAUCCAGCUUAUCAAACGGAAGGGGAAAGUGAAGGCUCUGGAUGAAGAGGUGCACAAGCAGCAGGACAUGGAUCUCGACAUCGAGUUUGACGUGCACCUUGGAAUUGCUCACACCCGUUGGGCUACCCAUGGAGAGCCCAAUCCCGUCAACAGCCACCCGCAGCGCUCGGAUAAAAACAAUGAGUUCAUUGUCAUCCACAAUGGCAUCAUCACCAACUACAAAGAUCUGCGGAAAUUCCUGGAGAGCAAGGGCUAUGACUUUGAGUCAGAAACGGACACAGAGAGCAUCGCCAAACUGGUGAAAUACAUGUAUGACAACCGGGACAGCGACGACGUCAGCUUCACCACUCUGGUGGAGAGAGUCAUCCAGCAGCUGGAAGGUGCUUUUGCCCUCGUAUUCAAAAGCGUUCAUUAUCCUGGUCAAGCAGUUGGCACGAGACGAGGCAGCCCUCUGCUCAUAGGAGUGCGCAGUGAGCACAAGCUCUCCACUGACCACAUCCCCAUCCUGUACCGUACAGCUGUACAGUCUAUGGAUCAUUCUUUUGAUGGAAUAUCCAUAAAUGUGGAGGAAGGUAAGGAUAAGAAGGGAAGCUGCAACCUGUCUCGUGUGGACAGCACCACCUGCCUCUUCCCUGUUGAGGAGAAAGCUGUGGAGUACUACUUUGCUUCUGAUGCUAGCGCUGUCAUUGAGCAUACCAACAGAGUGAUUUUCCUUGAGGAUGAUGACGUAGCAGCUGUGGUUGAUGGCCGUCUUUCCAUUCACCGGAUCAAACGUACAGCAGGCGAUCAUCCCGGGCGCGCCGUGCAAACCUUGCAGAUGGAACUUCAACAGAUUAUGAAGGGUAACUUUAGCUCGUUCAUGCAAAAGGAGAUUUUUGAGCAGCCAGAAUCCGUUGUUAAUACCAUGAGAGGAAGGGUCAACUUUGAUGACUACACUGUGAAUCUUGGUGGCUUGAAGGAUCACAUUAAGGAGAUUCAGAGGUGUCGUCGUCUAAUCCUUAUUGCCUGCGGGACGAGUUACCAUGCUGGAGUUGCAACCCGUCAGGUUCUGGAAGAACUGACUGAAUUACCUGUGAUGGUUGAACUAGCCAGUGAUUUCCUGGAUAGAAACACUCCUGUCUUCAGAGAUGAUGUUUGCUUUUUCAUCAGCCAGUCAGGUGAGACAGCAGAUACUUUGAUGGGUCUUCGGUACUGCAAAGAGAGAGGAGCCUUAACUGUUGGCAUAACCAACACAGUUGGCAGCUCUAUAUCACGGGAGACGGAUUGUGGAGUCCAUAUCAAUGCAGGACCAGAGAUAGGGGUUGCCAGUACCAAGGCCUAUACCAGCCAGUUUGUCUCUUUGGUGAUGUUUGCUCUCAUGAUGUGUGAUGACAGAAUUUCUAUGCAAGAAAGACGCAAGGAAAUCAUGCGUGGUCUCAAAGGACUGCCAGAAUUGAUUAAAGAAGUGCUGAGUAUGGACGAUGAGAUCCAGAAGCUGGCCACAGAGCUGUACCAUCAGAAGUCUGUUCUCAUCAUGGGACGUGGCUACCACUAUGCUACAUGUCUAGAGGGAGCUUUGAAAAUUAAAGAAAUUACCUAUAUGCACUCUGAAGGGAUAUUGGCAGGUGAGCUGAAGCAUGGCCCUCUUGCCCUGGUGGACAAACUCAUGCCUGUUAUCAUGAUCAUUAUGAGAGACCAUACAUAUGCAAAGUGCCAGAAUGCUCUCCAGCAGGUCAUUGCACGACAAGGACGACCUGUUAUCAUUUGUGACAAAGAAGACAUCGAGACAAUUAAGAAUAAUAAGAGAACAAUCAAAGUUCCCCAUUCUGUGGACUGUCUGCAGGGUAUCCUGAGCGUUAUCCCCCUUCAGCUUCUGGCUUUUCACCUUGCAGUUCUCAGAGGAUAUGAUGUUGAUUUUCCAAGAAAUCUGGCCAAGUCCGUAACUGUAGAGUGAAAGAUCAUCUGAAUCAUAGGGGCAAAGGGGAAUUAAGUGAAAGACUCUUUUUGGUACCAAAAUAACUUUAAAAUCAAGUCCCCUCGGUAAAUCUUAUUUUGGUAAUUGAUUGUUUGUGUACGAGAUCACUGUAAUUCCAUUACAUUAAGUGAUUGUCAAAUUGAUUCCACAUGCUAUGCCAAUAGCCUUGGGUUUUUUGAACAAUAGAUUUCCAUGGAAGCUAUUAAAUGGUUUUCUCUAAAGAUUACUGAGUCUUCUAGGUAAAGGGCCCUCCACUUUACUUUCAGAUACUGUCAUUGUUUCUUACCAGUGUGGCUCACUCUAGUUGUUGGUGAGAAGCCAUUCAAUACGUUACCUGUCAUGCUCUCAGGGAGUGAUACCAGAGUGUACAACUGGAACAGGAGCUGCUGCUGGUCAUGGUCAUGUUUGUGCAGGUAUUUUAACAGUGGGAGAAACUGUAAAAGAGCAUUUGGGUCAACUUCUGCCUCAUCCAUAAACGGGGAUUCAGCUGACCUGUCUCAGCUUCUGAAGCUUUAGGCACGUGGUAAAUGUGCUGAGGAAGUAAUGUUGCUUCAGAAAGAUGUUAUCUAUGCCAAAUACCUAGCAGCUGACAAUCUCAUAGAGCUGGGCCAUGAUACACCGUGUGACACAGCAGCUCUUUGUAGUUGUACCCGUGAAGAUGGUGGAACUCGCCUUCAAAUGCAAGUGGAAGCAGUGUCUGGCUCAGAACCAUGGAUGCCUACCAAAAAAAGGAGGGGGAACAGAGCUCAGUUGGUGGUGUUUAUUUUGUUGGCUUUUAAUUUGUUUUUAAACAAGUAGCCCUCUUCUCGUGUUAUGGGAUGAAGGUUUUUCCCUCAGAGUUGUAGCACUGCGAAGAGAUCAUAAGGAAUGGGCUUUAUUUUGCUGCAGGUCACUUAAUGGUUUCUGCCUUCUGUCCUUCGAACAGAGACAGCACUAAAUCUCUCUCUAUGAGGCUUGCUAUGUUAUACAGUGUCCUGUAAGUGCAUGGGUUCUGGUUUAUUUAGGAGCAGUUCAUAUGUGGCUGUGUCAAAUUGAGCUGGUGUAAAAUUGGAGGGGAUAAAACUUGAUAGCCACAAAAUAAGAACUUUGAUAAUGAUUAUUUAGCAAGUUUGCAGAAGUUAUGCAGAAAAUAUGCCUUCGAGAUGUUGAACAAGUCAUUAAAGGGCAGUUAACUGGGUGUUUCCUAACGCAGAAAGGUAAAUUCCUACCAGCCUGAUGGGUUUUGAAUUAGCUUUAUACAUGCAAAAGCAUAGUACAAGGUGGAAAGCAAUGCUUGCUGAGUCCUGGUGAAUAUUUCAAAGUGCUGCUCCUGGAAAACUGCUUUAACAAAUGCAGUGUUUGGGGGCCAUCCAUUACCAUUAAAACUCAGCUCUGGUGGAUGAUUUUCGACAGAAGAGGAGCGUUCAGAUGAAAUAUUUUCAAAGAUAGUGGCAAUUCUGCUUCAUACCGAACUGCAGUAACCUGUUUGACUUCAGUUCAUAAUCAACCCGAGGCUGUUUUGUUAUGUUAAUGAGUAAAAUGCUGCGUGCCUGGAAACUUUCUCAAAGCCAACAUGUGUGUAUGUUUAUAGUGUGUUCAGACUGUUAAUUUAUGAAUGCAUUGUUUUGCUAGUGUAGGAAGUGUUGCAGUGUAGUUGUACAGCAGUUGCUUAUGAAGUGCUGACUCCUACUCUGUGCCUCUGCCUAGGCAUGACCAGUAGACUGCCCUUCUUUGAAAGGGUGUCAUUCUCCCAGAGGAACAGCAAACAAUCUGUGUUCAGUGCUGACGGCCUGGGGGCAGUUCCUCUUCCUGCUGCCACUCACCUUAUUAAGAGAAGCUGUAAACCUUGAGCAUGGAGGCUGGGAGCCAGGGAAGGUUCUCCCGUUGGCCAGCAUAAGGACUUGCAUGAAGUCUGAUGGGAAAGAACUUGCAUGAGAAUGGUUUGAAGAUCUGUUUCUCUUAUUCCGUUCAAAAGAAAAGCACCAAGCAUUGCUUUUAGCACAUAACGGUUUGCCAGCUCACUCCUGGCAGACGGAGUGGUUGACAUGGCAGUCAGGGUGGUCAACCUCACAAAAUGCGGAUUGCUGUUCAGUAGAAGGCUGGUAGUGUGGGCUAUUAAAUACUUACGGAAGUUGUGUACAAAGAGGACCAAAGAACAGGAUUUUAAAUAAAAAAUGUAAUGAAUCUGAUGCUCUCCUGUUGGAUGUAACUGUACAGAUACUGCUGAGCUCUUUGGUUUUAAU